UCUCUGGCAGCAGCUGAAAUGGCGCAGCAAGAAAAUCAACUGGACAGAGAAAGAUUCUGCUGUUCGAUCUGUCUGGAUCUACUGAAGGAUCCGGUGACUACUGUCUGUGGACACAGCUACUGUAAGAGCUGUAUUAACACCCACUGGGACAAAGAGGAGGAGAGAGGAAGCUGCAGCUGUCCUCAGUGUAGACAGACCUUCACACCGAGGCCUGUCCUGGGGAAAAACACCAUAUUAGCUGAUUUAGUGGAGGAGCUGAAGAAGACUGGACUCCAAGCUGCUCCUGCUGAUCACUGCUAUGCUGGACCUGAAGAUGUGGUCUGUGAUGUCUGCACUGGGAGAAAACGGAAAGCUCUCAAGUCGUGUUUGGUUUGUUUGGCCUCUUAUUGUGAAAAACACCUCCAGCCUCAUCUUCAGUCACCUCCACUGAAGAAGCACAAGCUAGUGGAGCCCUCGGAGAAGCUGCAGGAGAACAUCUGCUCUCGUCACAAGGAGGUGAUGAAGAUGUUCUGCCGCACUGAUCAGCAGUGUAUCUGUUAUCUCUGCUCUGUGGAGGAACAUAAAGACCACGACACAGUGUCAGCUGCAGCAGAAAGGACUGAGAGGCAGAGAGAGCUCGGGCUGAGGAGACAAACAAUCCAGCAGAGAGUCCAGGACACAGAGAAACACGUGAAGCUGCUUCAACCGGAGGAGGAGGCCGUCAAUGGCUCUGCUGAUGAAGCAGUGGAUGUCAGUGAGGAGAUCUUCACUGAGCUGAUCCGUCUGCUGGAGAAAAGAAGCUCUGAUGUGAAGCAGCAGAUCAGAUCCCAGCAGGAAACUGAAGUGAGUCGAGUCAGAGAGCUUCAGGAGAGACUGGAGCAGGAGAUCACUGAGCUGAAGAGGAAAGACCAUGAACUGAAGCAGCUCUCCGACACACAGGAUCACAACCAGUUUCUACACAACUACCCCUCACUGUCACCACUCAGUGGAUCUACACACUCAUCCAGCAUCAGGAUCCGUCCUCUGAGGUACUUUGAGGACGUGACAGCAGCUGUGUUACAGGUCGGAGGUCGACUACAGGACAUUCUGAGUGCGACAGAGACAGAGAUUUUACAGAUUGUGUCUCAAGUGGAUGUUUUACUGCCACAACCAGAGCCAGAGACCAGAGCUGGCUUCUUAAAAUAUUCACAGGAAAUCACACUGAAUCCAAACACAGCACACAGAGUUCUGUUAUUAUCUGAGGGAAACAGAAAAGUAACAGGAAUGAGUGAAGAACAGUCUUAUUCUGAUCACCAAGACAGAUUCACUUAUUGGUGUCAGGUCCUGAGUAGAGAGAGUCUGACUGGACGUUGUUACUGGGAGGUGGAGGUUGGGGGGGGAGUAGUUUGUGUAGCAGUCACAUACAAGAAUAUCAGCAGAGCAGGAGACUCACUUGAAUGUGUAUUUGGACACUAUGAUAAAUCUUGUUCAUUAUAUUGUAAUGAAAACAGUUAUAUCUUUUGUUACAACAGCAUCGACACUCCAGUGUCAGGUCCUGUGUCCUCCAGAGUAGGAGUGUACCUGGAUCACAGUGCAGGUGUUCUGUCCUUCUACAGCGUCUCUGACACCAUGACUCUCCUCCACAGAGUCCAGACCACAUUCACUCAGCCUCUCUAUGCUGGAGUUAGUGUUGGUUAUGAAUCCACAGCUGAGUUCUGUAAACUCAAAUAG